CGCUGGGGGCGGGUCUAGCCUGGGUGCCUAAUCCGUGCGAACUUCGAUCGCAGUCUGUCAGGAGCACGGCGCGCGAGGGAAGGGAAGAAGAGAGGGGGUGUCAUGGCUGCGCUGAGAGCCUCUCGGGUUAUACGAAGCAUUGUUACCUGUGGCUUGAGAGCACAAUCCAGUCAGGCUACUGCAACAUCACCAAAAAGCAAAUCUGCUGCUGGGUAUAGCUUUGAACUUACUGAUGAACAGAAGGAAUUUCAAGCUACAGCUCGAAAAUUUGCUAGAGAGGAAAUCAUACCUGUUGCUGCCCAGUAUGACCAAACUGGAGAGUAUCCUGUUCCUCUCAUUAAAAAAGCAUGGGAGCUUGGCUUAAUGAAUACACACAUACCAGAGAGUUGCGGUGGUCUUGGCCUUGGCACUUUUGAUGCCUGCGUUAUUACUGAAGAAUUGGCUUAUGGAUGUACAGGGGUUCAGACAGCUGUUGAGGCAAAUUCCCUAGGUCAAAUGCCCGUCAUAAUUGCAGGAAAUGAGCAACAGCAGAAAAAAUAUUUAGGAAGAAUGACUGAAGAGCCCAUUAUGUGUGCAUAUUGUGUAACAGAACCUGGAGCAGGCUCUGAUGUAGCAGGUCUAAAGACAAGAGCUGAAAAGAAAGGAGAUGAAUAUAUUAUUAAUGGACAAAAAAUGUGGAUCACCAAUGGUGGCAAGGCUAAUUGGUAUUUUUUAUUGGCACGUUCUGAUCCUGAUCCGAAAACUCCUGCAAGUAAAGCUUUUACUGGAUUUAUUGUGGAGGCUGACAGCCCUGGAGUACAUAUCGGAAGGAAGGAGCUUAACAUGGGUCAGCGGUGUUCAGAUACAAGAGGGAUUGUUUUUGAGGAUGUAAGAAUACCUAAAGAAAAUGUACUUCUUGGUGAAGGAGCUGGCUUUAAAAUUGCCAUGGGAGCAUUUGAUAAAACAAGGCCUCCAGUAGCAGCUGGUGCUGUUGGAUUAGCACAGAGAGCUUUGGACGAAGCUACAAGAUACGCUAUGGAAAGAAAAACCUUUGGGAAAGUCCUUGCAGAGCACCAAGCAGUGUCCUUCAUGCUGGCUGAAAUGGCAAUGAAAGUGGAACUAUCUCGCCUGGCUUACCAGAAGGCAGCAUGGGAUAUAGAUGUUGGUCGUAGAAAUACCUACUAUGCAUCUAUAGCAAAGGCAUAUGCUGGAGACAUUGCAAAUCAAGUAGCUUCUGAUGCUGUCCAGAUUUUUGGAGGAAAUGGAUUCAAUAGUGAAUAUCCAGUAGAAAAGCUAAUGAGAGAUGCAAAAAUAUACCAGAUUUAUGAAGGAACAGCUCAAAUUCAGAGAGUAAUUAUAGUUCGUGAACAUAUUGCCAAGUUUAAAGGUUGAGAGUACUCCUGAUGUGCAUUAGCCUGAUUUACAAAUGUUCGGUUUUUUCUCUGGUGCAUUACUUUUAAUAUUGGACAAAAAUGGCCUCAGCAGUAGUAGUGUCAAAUCUUAAGUACAUGAAAAAGCCAGUCACUUAACUUCUAGAACUAUUCAGGAGAUUUCUUUAGUGAUUUCACAUUUUUGCCCCACUUUAUCAUGACGUGGUUAUCUCUGUCCUCUGAAAUCUCUCUAGCGUAUUUAAAGUGCCUUGGAUUUUUGUAAUUGAACAGGCCACUGAUAUAAAUUAGAUGAAGAAUUUGGUACAAAGUUGAAAUUUUGGGAGCCAUGUGUAAAUUAGAUAUUGUUAGGUCUGUAUUGCAGCAAUUACUAAAUAUUAUAUAUUGAGUACAAGAUUAAAAAUAAAUUUAUUAUAGAUAAAUUAAUUGUACUGCCUGUAGUUGGAUCCAUAAAGAAUAUAGAAGAGUUACUUUUGUUCUACAGAACAGAAUGAAGUUUAAUGAAGACUCCUUGCUGAAAGAUGCACAAAAAUACAUUUAUCCCAAUUUCCUUUCCCAUGCCUUAUCUCCACUGACUGGAGUGUAUUUCAACCCUCUAGGAUAAAUUUUCAGGAUGCUGUAGAGGAAGAAAAGAAACAUAUAGAAAAUAUAUGACACUGGUGCCUGUGUGUUUGACUAUAGCAGACUUAAAUGUAAUGUAAUACAGGUAGUCCUUGACCUACAACCAUUUGGUCAGUGACUGUUCCAAGUUACGAUGGCGCUGAACAAAUGGUGGUUACAGCCAGU